AUGCUAUCAACUUCACGACUCCGUCUAACUAAGCUUGCGUUCCGCACAACAUCCACCAAGUACUGCGCCAUCAUCGACAACCUCCUCUUCAAGCAUGGUCGGUUCGCCUGCGACCGGCCGCAGACGUGCACUCUCACAUUCCCAUCUUUUGGCCGCCCACCGGCCGCAUGCCCAAGCUUCCGUCUGAGCAACCACAUUCUCAGUCGAUCCAUUGAAGUCGUCGACGUGAGCAUGCCGUGGGUCAGCUUCCACCGUGUCCAUAUACUUCAGGGUUUGCCCUCUGUGCAUACCGUCCGUCGACACGGAUUCAGGUCCACCAUGACUCAGUUGAAGUUUGCAAGCGAGGUGCGCACUGCCGUCGACUUUGUCGUGCUGGGGGAGAACAUGCCGACUGGGCCUCUGAUUUCAAUGUCUUCAACCCAAGAACGUCACGUCAUCCACAUUCGCUUUGAUCGGCAUGAACAGCAGAAGUGCUACCCUUGUGUCCUCUUUGAUCUCUGCGGGCCCACGAUCAACCUCAAAGAAGUCGUUAUUGCGCUGUGGCCUGACGACAUCAACGAUGGUACCGAGAUAUUCACAGCUCCUAUCUUGUUGGCCCUCAUCGGCGAACUUGUGCCGUAUCUCCGCUUCCACGGAAAGUUGACGAUCGUGGGUAUAGAGUAUCUGUAUGGGAGUCAUGAUACCACAUACAUCCGACAAGACUUGUGGGAGUUUUUCAUCGAUUUGGCAGGAAGCAAGGAGCGUGCUGACGAGAUCACUGAGGCCAUCUCUUUCGUCACUUUCAAGGAAUGGGAGAUGCAACUUGGGCGUCGAUUCGAGUUGGAGGGGCUGUGGAGCCCUCUUACAGAGGUAGAUGUACGUCUUACCGAAGUUGGGAUCGCAUGGUCCAGCUGA